AUGAAAAGAGUAAAAGAAAGUGGGGCAUCUUACCGUAAUAAGAGAAGAGCUAAGUUGGAAAAUAUUAGAGCAAAUGAAGGAGCUUUACUUAAAUAUGUGAAAAGUGUUAUUCCUGAGACGUCAGAUUCCUCGUUAGGUUUAAAUUCAUCACAGACAACUUCAAACUCAGAACAAGCUGAAAAAAUACAAGAACUUGACACUGUUCCUAAAGAUCAAAUUCCAACAACAUCUACUGCAUUAGUGUCUCCAUCUGUAUGUCCAGACAUGGACAUGCAUAGUUCCGAAACAGAGAUUGAUACAACAUCAGCAUUGUCUCUUAUUCAAUACCAAAAUUUCGACGAUAUUGGAAAAUGGCCUGAACACAUAGACGACAAUAUCCGAUUGCAUCUCAUUCAGCAAGGACAGGAAAUUAUUCAGCAUAUUGAUACUAAUUUUGCUGAAAUGUCAACAGUAACACGCUCAGAUUCGUGCUCCUUAAAAUCAAAAGGAGAGACAAGACGGCUUACUAAGGAAUGGUUUUACCGUACAUUGACUAACGGCGAAAAAGUUUUACGUACUUGGAUGGCUUAUUCUCCAUCUAAAGCAUCAUUAUUUUGCUUUUGUUGUCGUUUAUUUGAGAACGUAAAUACACCGAAUGGAUCUAAAUUUUGCUCAUCUGAUGGAUUUAAUACUUGGUGGAAAUUAAAUCCUAAGGUUUCAAGUCACGAAUCAAGUGCACUACACAUCCAAAAUUAUUGUAAAUGGAAGGAGUUGGAGAGCAGACUUCAAAAAGGACAGACUAUUGACAAAAAAGAGCAAGACAUAGUGGCAAAAGAAAUAAAGAAAUGGCAGGAAAUUCUUAUCAGAAUGUUUGAUAUUAUAAGAUUCCUUGCCAAACAAAAUUUGGCUUUACGUGGACAUAUAGAAAACGACACCAGUACCAAUAGAGGUAACUUUUUAGAAUUGGUUAAUUUAAUUGCAAAAUACGAUCCUGUACUUCGUGAACAUCUUGUAAGGUCUAAAAUGUGUGGCAAAAUUUCAAUCACUUAUAUGUCACCACAAAUACAAAACGAAUUUAUUGCCAUUUUGGGAGAUUAUGUUCGCCAACAUAUCAUCGGACAAAUAAAAAAGGCUAAGUAUUAUGCAAUUAUAUUCGACAGCACUCCAGAUCUUUCUCAUAAAGAUCAAACAAGUCAGGUAUUAAGAUACGUAGUAAUUGAAAAUCAGGAGGUAAAAGUAAUGGAAUCUUUUAUAGAUUUUAUUGAAACUAAAGACAAAACUGCUGAAGGAAUUUCAAAGAUGAUUUUGGACAAGAUUCAAGCUGAUGGCCUAGAUAUAAGCAACUGUAGAGGCCAAGCAUAUGAUAAUGCUGCUGUUAUGGCUGGAAAGUAUUCAGGAGUUCAGCAAAGAAUUCAAGAAAUAAACCCUAAAGCUGAAUUCGUACCUUGCUCAAAUCAUUCUUUAAACCUAGUUUGUUUACACGCUGCCUCAGUUGAGGUGGAUUCAGUAACUUUUUUCGGCACUUUAGAACGUUGCUAUUCAUUUUUUUCCUCAUCGACACAUCGUUGGGAAGUUCUGAUAGCAGCUACAGGCAAAAGCUUAAAAAGGGUUCAAGACACGCGGUGGAGUGCAAGAGGCGAUGCCGUAAAUAUGACAUGGCAUCAUUACAAAGACAUUCUCGUCACUUUGGAAAAACUGACAGAGGCAGGUGAAAGCUUAAACACUAGGACAGAUGCAGGUGCUUUACUAGUUUCGAUGCAGUCAUUUUCCUUUCUUUGUUUUUUGGGCCUGUGGCAACCGGUGCUACAUGAAGUGAAUGAUGCACAAAAAUAUUUACAAACAAGAGGACUUGACAUAAGAUUGUGCGCUCAGAAAGUAAAUGCUUUGCAGAUGAUAUUGACAGAGAAAAGAGAGGAAUGGGCAAAUGGCGCUGUAGGUUAUGCAAAAGAUAUGUGUGAAGAACUUGGAAUUUCCAUAAAACCUCUGAGGCGCAUAACAAGAAAGCAUAUUUUUGAUGACGGAACUAGAGAUGUUAACUUGUCUUGUGAAAAUGAGUUGAGACGAAAGCUGUUUUCUUCGUUAGAUAGAGUUAUUGUAGAAAUUCGUGAGCGUUUUCAACAGCUACAGAAUUUAACGGAUAAGUUUGCUUAUCUAACGCCGGCUAUAUUAUUAGAUCCAGACAACACUGAAUGUAAUCUAGACUACGCAUCUGACGAAAUUGACGAGCAGGAUUUCAAGCUGGAACGACUUCGACUGCGGACUUUCGUUGCUGCUACAGGCAACGAAAAUAAAUUGAUUAAUGCAGACUCACUUGAAUUAUUUAAAUUUAUUAUUAAAUCCAAGCUGGAAGAUACUCUGCCCAAUAUUUUAAUAAUGUUCCGAAUAUUUUUUACAAUUGCCAUAAGCAAUGCCAGCUGUGAGAGAAGUUUUUCAAAAUUGAAAUUAAUUAAAAAUUAUUUAAGAUCAACAAUGGGUACUCUAAGACUAACUAAUUUGGCUAUUUUGUCUAUUGAACAAGAGGUGUGUGAUGCGAUAGACAUUGACGGUGCAAUAAAAGACUUUGCUCUUAAAAAAAGUAGACGUAUAAAUUUUUAA